AUGACUUCUUAUACACCGGAGAAAGAAGAUUCUGAAUUUAUGAAAUUUUUAGAGGAAAUAUCAGAAGAUUAUAGUUCAGAAGAUGGAGAACGCGUAGGUGGACCUUCAGAAUCUAGUGAGUUUGAAAACGAUUCAUCGACAGAAUCAUUCGAAGCCUUUGCAUGUGGAAAAAUCAUAUCUUUUAGUUGCAAUUGCAGCAUAGAUUUGCUAGAAAAUAAUCACGUUCGAAGUUCAAGUCCCAAAGAUGCUCAUAAAGAGACUAAUAUUUCUAAUCAAAAAUUUUCCGAUUACGACCCAACCGAAACAAUUCUAAAAAAUUAUAAUGAAGGCGAAUCUAUAUUACAGAAGGAUAAUACUAAUGGUCUACUUAGCCAGAUUUUCACAAACGCAGCAGCGAAUUUUCUAUCGAGCUAUAAACAUUUAAUUGAGAAUCCAUCACUUUGUAAUACGAGCGGAACAUAUUAUUCUGACACCGAUAUGUCGUAUAAAAAUUCUAAUGAAAAUAGUGGUGAAGGUUUGACAGAAGAGACAAGUUUGAGUGGAAAUUCGUCUUCGUUCUUGACCGAAGCUUCUAAAAACCUUGAACUGUCAACGAAUGAAAAUAAUGUGUUCUGCAUUCCUUCAGUCUCAAAUCAUUCUAACUGUAUGCCAAUGCUAAAUGCGUCUAACUCCUUCAGAAACAUUUAUAAUGGCUCUGACUGUCCGUUUUUGUGGCUGGAACUGAUGCAAAUAGAUAAUGAAAUACUUAAACUUAAAAAGCGAAAACUGGAUCUAGAAAUUACUAUUUCAGAUUACUGCCUAACUAAUUAUCUGCAAAAACUACAUGUACCGUAA